AUGCGCAAAAGACUUGUAGACGUGCGACUGCAGAGCGUGCGAGAUGGCGUUUCAGAAACUCGAACGCCUCUUCUGCCAAAAUAUCAGACUAAAGUUGGAAAUUUGACUACUCUCCUUCCUGAUAGUUACCAGAGCAACAGGGAGCGUGCAGGAAAAAUUAUAGCUUUACUAAAGGCCAAGAAUCCUGGCUACCAUCUAGAUUUCGACACCAGGAUUUACAUUUCCCACAUGAUCCAGCCAAGGCAGCGAUUCAUCGCGAUUGCCAAAAUAUUCUACGACUCGGAUAUCGUGUCCAUAGAUUUCACAAAUGGAAUGAAUAAAAAUAACAGUGAUGCGGAUGUUUAUGGUGCUGUUAUGGUGCUGUUGAACGUCAUAUACUUUAAAGGCGAAUGGAAAAAACAAUUUCCUGAGGAGAAUACAACGUUGGGAAAAUUCUACCUGGAUGUCGAUAAAUAA